UCCACCGCCGGCGAGGGCCGCCGCGAGUCGCGCACUGAGGCGUUGUUCCACGCCGCGCUGCAACUGCAGCAGGUCGGGCACACCCAACGUCCAGAAACGGAGGUUGCUCAACUCGUCCAGCCGUUGCAGCAGUUCGCUCCCAUGCACGCGUCGGGGAUCCAUAAGUGUGAGAACCUCGCGGCGUCCGUCGAGCGGCUUUUGCAAAAGCGCGUUGCAGUCUUCUGCGCUACCUACCAAAUCGUCGA